AUGAACCCUCUUCCUCAGGCCGUCAACCCUAACUACAAGCCCUCUUCCAAACUCCAAGGGAAAGUAGCUCUGGUUACAGGAGGAGACUCGGGGAUCGGCAGAUCGGUGUGCGUACAUUUCGCCAUGGAAGGAGCCACCGUCGGGUUCACAUACGUCAAGGGCAUAGAAGACAAGGACAAGGACGAAACCAUCAAACUGAUCAAGAAAUUCAAAACCCCCGCGGCCGAAAGAUUCCAUCGCGAUAGCAGCGGAUCUGGGAUACGAAUCGGAGUGCCAGAGGGUUGUGGACGAAUUCGUCAACGAGUAGGGUGGGACCAUCGACGUCCUGGUGAACAACGCGGCGGUCCAGUACUAUACGAAUUCGAUCGACGAUCUGACCGAGGAGAGGAUCGACAAGACGUUUCGGACCAACAUAUAUGCUUACAUUUUAAUGGCCAGGCUUUCUCUGAAGCAGGGGAGCUGCAUAAUCAACACCACCUCUGUUGUGGCCUACGCGGGGAAGAUCGACCUGGUGGAUUACAGGUGCGAUUGUGA